GAGGCGGAAUUGGGGUCUGCUCUAAGCUGCAGCAAGAGAAACUGUGUGAGGGGAAGAGGCCUGUCUCGCUCCGGGGUCUCUAGUUCUUGCACGCUCUUGAAGAGUCUGCAUUAGAGGAACUCUGCCAUUACCAGCUCCCUUCUUGCAGAAGGGAGGGGGAGACAUACAUUUAUUCAUGCCAGUCUGUUGCACGAAGGCUUUUUGGCUUCCUACCUUGCAACAAAAUAAUUGCACAAACUCCUUAGUGCCGAUUCCGCCCACAGAGAGUCCUGGAGCCAGAGCCUUUUUUGCUUUGCAUGGUAGGGAAGGGACUAAGUGAUAGAGACUAUGUCGCUUUCCUGAGCUCCUGAGAGCGCUCGUGAACUGGAACCAACUGCUUCAGGGGAAGGAAAAAAAAAAAAAAAAAAAGACUUGCCUGGGAGGCGGCGAGAAACUUGCACUGGAAGCUUCAGCAGCCAGCAUUCAAGAAACUCCUCUCCACUUUAGCACGGUCUCCAGACUCAGAGCCGAGAGACAGAGCAAACUGCGGCGCGGCGAGAGAGCGAGCGAGAGCGAGCAGCAGAGGGAGGGAGAGGAGACUCUCCAGCCUGGGAACUAUAACUGCUCUGCAAGAGGCAGAGCGCUCCUUGCCCGCACCCUUUGGAGACUUUUCUCCCUGCGCCCAGCACCGCCCCGGCGAGUAGUGGAGGGGCCCGCACGGCCGCCGCGCGCGUCCUACCGCUCGGCGUGUGCUUGGCCCGGGGAGCCGGGAGGGCCCGGCGAUCGCGCCGCUGCGGCCGCCGCGAGGGUGUGAGCGCGCGUGGGCGCCCGCCGAGCCGGGGCCAUGGUGCAGCAAACCAACAACGCCGAGAACACGGAAGCGCUGCUGGCCGGCGAGAGCUCGGACUCGGGCGCCGGCCUGGAGCUGGGCAUCGCCUCCUCCCCCACGCCCGGCUCCACCGCGUCCACGGGCGGCAAGGCCGACGACCCGAGCUGGUGCAAGACGCCGAGCGGCCACAUCAAGCGGCCCAUGAACGCCUUCAUGGUGUGGUCGCAGAUCGAGCGGCGCAAGAUCAUGGAGCAGUCGCCCGACAUGCACAACGCCGAGAUCUCCAAGCGGCUGGGCAAACGCUGGAAGCUGCUCAAAGACAGCGACAAGAUCCCCUUCAUCCGGGAGGCGGAGCGGCUGCGCCUCAAGCACAUGGCUGACUACCCCGACUACAAGUACCGGCCCAGGAAGAAGGUGAAGUCCGGCAACGCCAGCUCCGGCGCCUCGGCCGCCGCCUCCUCCAAGCCGGGGGAGAAGGGCGACAAGGUCGGUGGCGGGGGCGGCCACGGGGGCGGCGGCGGGGGCGGGAGCGGCAACGCGGGGGGCGGCGGCGCGGGCGGCGGUGGCGCCAACUCCAAACCCGCGCAGAAAAAGAGCUGCGGCUCCAAAGUGGCGGGCGGCGCGGGCGGCGGGGUCAGCAAACCGCACGCCAAGCUCAUCCUGGCGGGCGGCGGCGGGAAGGCGGCGGCCGCGGGUGCCGCGCCCUCCUUCGCGGCCGAGCAGGCCCUGCUGCCCCUGGGCGCCGCCGCCGACCACCACUCGCUGUACAAGGCGCGGACUCCCAGCGCGGCGGCGGCGGCGGCGGGCUCGGUCUCCGCGGCCGCCUCCGCCUCCUCGGCCGGCCUCGCGGCCCCAGGCAAACCCCUGGCCGACAAGAAGGUGAAGCGCGUCUACCUGUUCGGCGGCCUGGGCGCGUCCUCCUCGCCCGCGGGCGGCGUGGGCGCGGGCGCCGACCCCAGCGACCCCCUGGGCCUGUACGAGGAGGGCGGCGCGGGCUGCUCGCCCGACGGGCCGAGCCUGAGCGGCCGCAGCAGCGCCGCCUCGUCGCCCGCCGCCGGCCGCUCGCCCGCCGACCACCGCAGCUACGCCAGCCUGCGCGCCGCCUCGCCCGCGCCGUCCAGCGCGCCCUCGCACGCGUCCUCGUCGGCCUCGUCCCACUCGUCCUCGUCCUCGUCGUCGGGCUCCUCGUCCUCCGACGACGAGUUCGAAGACGACCUGCUCGACCUGAACCCCAGCUCAAACUUUGAGAGCAUGUCCCUGGGCAGCUUCAGCUCGUCGUCGGCGCUGGACCGGGACCUGGAUUUUAACUUGGAGCCCGGCUCCGGCUCGCACUUCGAGUUCCCGGACUACUGCACGCCCGAGGUGAGCGAGAUGAUCUCGGGAGACUGGCUCGAGUCCAGCAUCUCCAACCUGGUCUUCACCUACUGACGGGCGCGCGCGCGGGCUGGGAGAAGAGGGCCGGGGGGCAAGAGAGGGAAGAAGAAAAAGAAGAUUUAGACGAAGAAGAGAGAGAGAAAAGACAGAGAAAGAGUUGGAAGAGAAAAGAGGGAAAAAAAAAAAGAAAAGGAAAAAAAAUGUGAGUGGGGCCGGCUUGCGAGGAGCGCGGCGGUGUUUUGGGGACCCGCGCUCCCAUCCCCCACCUCCCCGGCCGCGGGGACGCGGAGGAGGCGGCGGGGAGACGAGGGGCGACCUUUUAUUGUUGUUCUUGAUGUUGUUGUUGAUGGCAAAAAAAGCUACUUGGAGUUUCCUCCCCUCUGCCCGAAGAGACCCCCCCCCCCCAUUCCAGCGAGCUUCGGGACUUGUCUGCUGUACCCCCAGCAAGAAGCCGACUUGGUAGUUUUUUCUAGAGACUGAAGGAAUCUCGUCCCUUUUUUUCAUCGCCCCCCCCCCUUGCUGUUUUUGUUUUAUCUCAUUUCUUGGUCAAGAGAGGAGGGGGAAAAAAAAAAGAAAGAAAAGAAAGAAACCCAACGCGCCCCUGGGGAUUGAGUUCUCAGCAGCCCCCGCCAUCCCCUCCCCUCCAAGAAGACAGAAAGCUCCGGGCGUGGAAUUGGACGGACGGCAGAUUUUGGGGGGGGGGGGGGGAAGGCUCGAGCGCCGGGACAGAGAGACUCCACGCUGGCGGAUUCCCGUUUUUUGGGGUUUUUCUUCCUUUUUCCCUUCCUUUCCUCUUCCUUCCUUUCUUUUUUUUUUUUUUUUCUAUUUUUUUUUUUCCCUUGCACCCCACCGCCCCCCACCCUCGGAGCCGGAGGAGGAGAUGCCGAGUGCCCGGAGAGCCCCGUGGGGAGCCCGGCGAGGGGCACGGGGCGGGGCGCAGGGGGGGCCGCGGAGGAACUGGGACGGAUUUGCACGUUCGGGGGCAGGUGGCGCGUCCUGGCGGCCCCCGCACCCCGCACCCCCGAAAUCAGUGAGGUGAGACUCCGCAGCCCGCGGGCGUGCUGGAGAGCGGACUGUUUGAUGUGGUGCCGGGGGCCGUGCAGGGGCGAGUGGUUUCGGGCGGGGGGGAAAAAAGAGGUUUUUUUCUUCUCUUAAAAUCGGAAUCGUGAUGGUGUUGGAUUAUUUCACUGGUGGGGUUAAUAUAGCAUGUUAUCCUGUCUAUCUUUUAAAGAUUUCUGUAUAAGACUGUUGAGCAGUUUUUAAAAUAGUGUAGGAUAAUAUAAAAAGCAGAUAGAUGGCGCUAUGUUUGAUUCCUACAACAAAAUUAUCACCAGCUUUUUUUCAUUCUUAACUCUUUAAAGGAUUCAAACGCAACUCAAAUCUGUGCUGGACUUUAAGAAAAAAAAAAAACACAAUUCAGGACCAAAUUUUUUCUCAGUGUGUAUGUGUUUAUUCCUUAUAGGUGUAAAUGAGAAGACGUGUUUUUUUCCCUCACCGAUGCUUCAUCCUCGUAUUUUUUUUUCCUUGUAAAUGUAAUCAGAUGCCAUUUUAUAUGUGGACGUAUUUAUACUGGCCAAACAUUUUUUUUUCUUAUUUUGUCCCUUUUUUACUUUAAUCUUUGGUUUACUUUCUUUUCUUUCUUUUUUGACUUCCUUUAUUUCUUUUUUUUCUUUUGUUCUUUUUUUUUCCUUUAUUUUAUUUUAUUAUUAUUUUUUUUUUUUUGGUAGUUUGUUGUUACCCACGCCAUUUUACGUCUCCUUCACUGAAGGGCUAGAGUUUUAACUUUUAAUUUUUUAUAUUUAAAUGUAGACUUUUGACACUUUUAAAAAACAAAAAAAGACAAGAGAGAUGAAAACGUUUGAUUAUUUUCUCAGUGUAUUUUUGUAAAAAAUAUAUAAAGGGGGUGUUAAUCGGUGUAAAUCGCUGUUUGGAUUUCCUGAUUUUAUAAUAGGGCGGCUGGUUAAUAUCUCACACAGUUUAAAAAAUCAGCCCCUAAUUUCUCCAUGUUUACACUUCAAUCUGCAGGCUUCUUAAAGUGACAGUAUCCCUUAACCUGCCACCAGUGUCCACCCUUCGACCCCAGGCUUACAAAAAGGGGAGGAGAAUUAGCCAAACACUGUUAGGCUUUUAAGAAAAGAGAAAUUUUUUAAAUAAAAUACCGUUCUGUCCAGAGGCUUUAAAACUGGUGCAUUUACAGCAAAAAGGGAUCCUGUAGCUUUAACUUGUAAACCACAUCUUUUUUGCACUUUUUUUAUAAGCAAAAACGUGCCGUUUAAACCACUGGAUCUAUCUAAAUGCCGAUUUGAGUUCGCGACACUAUGUACUGCGUUUUUCAUUCUUGUAUUUGACUAUUUAAUCCUUUCUACUUGUCGCUAAAUAUAAUUGUUUUAGUCUUAUGGCAUGAUGAUAGCAUAUGUGUUCAGGUUUAUAGCUGUUGUGUUUAAAGAUUGAAAAAAGUGGAAAACAUCUUUGUACAUUUAAGUCUGUAUUAUAAUAAGCAAAAAGAUUGUGUGUAUGUAUGUUUAAUAUAACAUGACAGGCACUAGGACGUCUGCCUUUCUAAGGCAGUUCCGUUAAGGGUUUUUGUUUUUAAACUUUUUUUUGCCAUCCAUCCUGUGCAAUAUGCCGUGUAGAAUAUUUGUCUUAAAAUUCAAGGCCACAAAAAAAAAAAAAAAACCCAAAAAAAAAAAAAAAACAACAAUGUUUGGGGGGAAAAAAAAGAAAAAAGAAAAAAUCAUGCCAGCUAAUCAUGUCAAGUUCACUGCCUGUCAGAUUGUUGAUAUAUACCUUCUGUAAAUAACUUUUUUUGAGAAGGAAAUAAAAUCAGCUGGAACUGAACCCUAAA